UAAGAGUAAGUGAUCUUUAAAUGUCACAAGCUUCGCGCGAAAACUACAGAUGGCGCCAGAUGCGAGAUACAGUUCCGCUCAAAGAUGGCGCUCGCCGAAACUACGGUGCUCGAUGCUUCGCAGUCCCGCUAACGUGCAAAAAUUGAACGAAUCUUGGCGUCCCCGAGCACGUUCUUCUCGUAAAGUUCGUAAACAAACUUCGCGGAUCUCGAAGUAAACACAGUUACAUGACGCUUGAAAUGCUCGUCGAUACGGAUAUAAAUUAUUAUCGACGCGCGACAAAUCCGUGAGGUUAUGAAAUUACACGCUUCGCCGAAAUAGCCGCAAUUUUACAGUCAGGAUGGCUGUAAACAAGAUUUUGUACUUGCUCCUGCCGAUAAUACUGACAAAUAUUUAUGCAGUCGCUAACGACGACGAGGUCACUAACGUCACUGUCAAGUGUCAAACUGGCAAGUCGCUGCGCAAACAGGUGUCAGCGGAACCCUUGAACGGUAUGUGCCUCCGAGAUGUCGUGGGGUAUCUGUCAAAGAGGCUGCGAUCCAUCGUCGACGAGGAACUCGGCGCGUCCUCGUUCCAGGAUACGAUCAACAGGAUGGAAUUCGCAAACAUCUCCAGCAACCUGGACGCGAGACUGAAUGCGUUAGUUGAUAAGUUCAACAAUAAAUUAAGAACGCACAUUGAUGUCCUCAAACAGGGCUACAACGCCAUAUACUCCAUCCUGUCGAAGGAGGUCCGCGCAGUUUAUUCUAGUCAAACGGUUGAUUUAGACGUAAUGCAAAUGAACAGAGUUUCGGAUAUAUGUACUCAAAUUAUAACAGAAUUGGCAACAAAGUUAAGAAGUCAAGAAUGGAAAAAUUUACAUGUAUUACCAAUAAGCCAACCAAGUACGAUAUGUGGACCAUCUACAAUGGAUCAUAUUAUUGGAUCACUUUUAUUAUCUCAAUACUGUCCCAAGAAGAAUGUCAUUCUGCUUUUGGAACAUAACAUGUUUAUGUCAGAAUCCGAUCUAGCUUUGAUUCAAAAAGCAGCUAGAACUAUUAUAGAUAUGCUUUCUGAAACAGAUAAUGUUACUGUUGUUGGUCUUGCUAAUGCUGCAUCUCUGUUUUGCAAGGAUGGCUUGUUGAAAGCAACAGAUAUCAAUAAAUUUCAAUUAAUCCGUUAUAUCGACAGUUUAAUUAGAACAGAUUCAAAUCAGACAACAAAGGUUGAUUUUAAGAAAUUAACACAGAAUUUAAGACAUGAAGUGAUUAUUAUACAUUUAACUAAUAAAGUAAAAGAUAUAUCACAUGUGGAAAGAGUGUUUGAAACAAUUUCAGAAAGACUUACGAUUCAUUUGAAAACUAUACUUAUUCUUCCAAACCAACACCCAUACAUCAGUGAUACACAGUUUUUAGAAAAUGAUCAUAUUAUUGUCCUUCCAACACAAAAUGUUCUUGGAUAUAAAAUAGGAAAACUAUUUUCUUGUUUGCAAUGUCCUGAUUAUCAUAAGAAAGAUGUUUAUAUAUUAGAUCCAUAUUUUGAUCUAUAUAGCAAGACAAUGACAUUAUCUAUUGGACAAAUUACAAGUGUUGCGCUACUAUCUUUAGAUAUAAAAUUAAAUGAUUUUCUUGAUGAUGUGACAUAUUUUAACACUGGUCCAAACAUAUAUGUUAUAUUCUUCGACAAUAAAGGUGUGGUUUGGAUGCAUAAAAAUUUUCCCAGGAUUGAGACAAUAAUUGAACAACCGCUUAAAGUACAUUUGCAAGAUAUUGAAAAUAUAGAUAAUUGGACAGUAAUGAAAAUGAUAAAUGAAAUUGAAGGAGUCAUAGAUGUGAAAACAAAAUUGGGCGAGCAGAAGCGAUACCGAUGGAAACAUUUACAUUAUGAUGCCUUGAUAAUAUGUCUUGUAUCUAUUACUGAAGAAGGAAUAUUGCCUGUUGCGAGAACUGUGUCCUCACUGCCUACAAACAUAUUACAUCAUCGCCUCGAUCUUAUGCUUCAAACUGUCAUUAAUAAAGAUACACUCUGCAUUUAUAGAAACAGGAUUGCAACUUUAUCAACUGGUGUAGUUUAUUUAUCUCCAUGGUGUUUUCAAUCCCCAAUGGAGCAACUGGAACUAUUAGAAACUGGUUCAGCUAUGACUGUACAAAGCUAUAUGGCAUACAUCAAAGAUUUAACGGGUCUUUUAGCUAAUCCUGGUUUACAUCCAUCUGUAAAACCGGAUGUAGCAAUCUUAGCGCAAGUCUUGGAGCAUUUUAAAAAGCAACAUAUUGAAAGUCCAUUAAAUAAAUUUAUAAUAAGAAGAUAUGUUGUGAGUACAGUUAGUGGUGUGUUGGAGAUUUUCCCAGGAAUGGUAUUGGAUUCUGGUUUUGAUCCCAAAAGGCGAAUGUGGUAUGGAAAAGCACUAGAGCAUCCUGAUAAGAUAAUUUUGACUCCACCUUACUUAGAUGCAGGUGGAUCAGGCUAUGUAGUAACUCUAAGUCAAGUUAUUGAAUAUCCUAUGGGCAAUAACAGUACAGAUUAUGUUAUUGCUGUCUUAUCUAUGGAUGUUACAAUGGGUUACAUCAUGAGAUUACUACAGGAGAUGUUUCCAUUCUGUUAUGAUGCGACUGUCAAAUGUUUCUUGAUGGAUGACAAAGGCUACUUGGUGUCACAUCCGACAUUGUUGGAAGCAACAGGCAAGAUUGAACAGCAGCAUUUAACGCAUAAGGAACUUUUAGUAGCUAAUGACAUAUUAAAUCAUGGACUGUUUGUGAAAAAAAAAUCUUGUGCCAAUCACUUGGAGGGCGUUGUCCAAAGAUAUUAUCAAUUUAAUAUGUCACUUGACGACGUACUUACUAAUAUAGCACACGGCGAGCACUGUGUUAGAUAUCAGGUAGCUGCUGUACCAGAUACUAAUGUAUUCCUUGGUGUCGUUAAUGUGACGACUCAGUGCAAUUUGCUUAGAGCUUUUUGUCCAUGCAGUACGAUGGAUCAUUCAUGCCUAAACUGCAAAAGUAUGGAACAAACUGGUUGUGAAUGUCCUUGCGAAUGCUCCUUAUAUUCUUCUAGUUGCUCACAACAAAGUAUCAACAAUUUAAAUUCUUGUCCGCCUCUAUAUGAGCAAGGCUCAAGUUUACAGACUCCAUGGAUACAGCCGACAAAUUUGAAAUCGUGUCCGUCUAUCGAUUGCAAAUCAUACGCGACGGAGAAAGAUUGCUUGGGUAUCGCUGAUUGUCAAUGGUGUCACAUCGAUGCCGAUGGAGAAACACCUUUGCAACAACCAUUUUGUUCUGACAUGUCAGUUUGUUUCAAGGGAAUCUUCGGAUCUCUGAUACCUUACAGCGACGGCACUUACAAUUCACAAUCAACAGAUGAAGUCGUGAUAGGAGAGUGGCCAUCGGUCGGUCUGGUAGCCGGUGGAAUUCUUGCAUUGGUCUUGAUUCUAGGCGUUAUUCUGUUUUGCUAUAGACUUCGAUCGGUAAACUCAGGUGUGGAGCAUCAAUGUUUACAUCUCCAUACUUCGCCUGACACGUUGCGCAUGACGCAUCUCGAGGGCGAUUUGGAGCCCGCGGAAUUGGAUCAAACCAAAAGCAAUUUGGAUUGCCUUAUGAGAGAUGGUACCGCGCCUAUAUCACCAUAUAGAGUUUCUACCAAUUACAGAAGACCACCUGGUGGGGAUAGCGAUCAUGGGUAUAGCACAAUGACGCCACAUGAUGAUUCCGAGCAACAAACAUUUGCCUCCGAACCUUUGCUAAUUGUCGACAAUAACAUAGAGCCAGAUUUAACGAGGCAGUCCGGCAGUUUCAGAAUGCCUUCUCCUACAACGUACUUGGGAUCACCGCAUCACGUUUUAGCGCCUGUGACUGUCCAUCGCGAUAUGGAAACAAAUUAUUGUUAGUAAAACUGAAUUUACAUUGCCAUUUAUCUGAAAAAGUAAGUUACAAAGCGUCCUCAAAAUUUCGUAAAAAGCUAUAUCACUUUUUUGCAAAUAUGGUCCUGAUAAUGUAUAGCCAUUCAUUUUAUUUGCAAUUAUUGAUAUGGUAGAUAUAAUACUGUUUUAUUGUAGUUGCAAUAGAACAAUAUUUAUCAUUAGUUAUUUAUCAGUAUUUAUCAAAGUAGUAGUAGAGUAUAGUCUUUAUUAUUAUCAAAGGCAGCACAGUUUAUUAUCAAAAUGACAAUAAGUACGAAUUUUUGAAUGACUAAUGAGCUUAAAGAUAUAUAGUUUUUAUGAACUAUCUGAAUUGAUACUAAAGCCUUUUAUACAAGUACUAACAAUAAUUGAUAAGUUG